GUGAAAUUUGUAAAAUGAGCGAGGCAGAAAAACGAUCGAUUUUGUUGAAAAAAAAAAAACAACAAACGCUUCCACAAAUGAAAUUCCCCACACCAGCUGAUUAUCGAGUUACUUUUAAUUGCUGGUAAUUGACAUCAACACAGUUUUCUCUCAAACCCCAACUGGUAGAAAUAUAAUGGAUCUGUUACUAGAAGGUAAAAAACCUGACGGAAAAAUGCUUUCGCAGAUAACUCAUGUUUUGUGUGAUUGUUUAUUGGCCGUAUAUGGAGAGAGACCCUCAACGGAUCAUAAGGAAAUGAUAGCAAAAUCUCUUGUCAAAACGUAUCCUAUCUUAGGCUCGACUGUUUCCGAACAACCCUAUGCGUUGUGGUUUCAUAGACACGGUCGUGGCAGCGGUCGGCACGCAGGCAAAAUUCAUUACAGAAUGGAGCGUCUAGCCAAGCUGUCUUCCACAAGAGUUUUUCAUCGUCAUCGUAACAAGGAUGGUCUGCAAGAGUUGUAUGAAAUUGAACAUCUCGAUGAAGAUGUUGAAGUCAACAUAGAUGAUCUGGUUAAGGAACUGAAAUUUUCUGUUCCAACCGAUCAAACAAAAGGUUAUAUUAUAAGCCUAUGGAGACGUACUGCAAAAUUUCGACAGGAUUUGCGAAAAGAAGGAACACUUUUGAUGUUCAUGACUGAUUUCCCGGUAGCUUCAGCUUUUUGUGGUUUAUUGAUUUCCGAAGAUUAUCAGUUGAUGAAACCUGGAGCGUCUGCGUUCGUAGAAACUUGGGACAGUUUGCAAUUACGAGUACUGGAGCGUCAUCACGAGAUGUUUCGUUACAUUAAAAACAACUUCAUCAGAGCGGUAGCCAUAAUACGGGUAAAAAACCCAACCCGUGGAUCUAAACGUUUGCGGGAUCAGAAUGAAGAGGACUUUCUAAAGACUAAUCCCCUUCAUGGUGUGGUUCAAUGGAUCGAAGAUGGACAAACAAUGCCUGUUCCAGAAAUUCCACAAGUUAUCAUCGUUGGGCCAGAAUUCCACGAUGGCGAUUGCUCGGUGGUCUGGAAAGAUAUUGUAAUUCCGACAGGAGCAGACAUUUUGACUGCUUUCGAUAUUCUGUGCAAAGCAUUCACCGUCUUCAACGUGAAAUGUGCGGCUUCGGAUAAACUUUUUUAUAGUUUUUUUGCUGCUGCAUGCUAUAAGGUUGAGCAUUUGAGCACAACUGCAGCUAAGUUCAUCAACCUUUUAUGAAUACCUCUGAGUUGAUUGUUU